CCCUCGCUCGCUCGAGCUGCUUGUUGCGUUCACGGCGGAGGCGCGUGAGCGUGGUGGGAAAUGCGAGCAAGAUGGCGGCGUUGAAGGAGGAGCAGUGCUACGGACUGUCCUGCGGAAGAGUGAGCAACGGCAGCAACAUCUCCGUCUAUCACGUCAAGCUGACUGACAGCGCGCUGCGAGCGUUUGAAGACUACCAGAGCAACAAGGGCCUGACGUCUAAACCAUUAAUAGGAUUCAAAGGAAACCAAGGGAAAAUCUCAAUACCGCAGUCAGAGAAUCCAAAUGAGCUGCGAACGUUUACGUUCUACCUGUCCAAUGUGGGGAAGGACAAUCCCCAGGGCAGCUUCGACUGCAUACAGCAGUAUAUUACAAGCGAGGGGAGCAUACAGCUGGACUGCCUGGGAGGGAUCCAGGACAAAAUCACCGUGUGCGCCACGGACGACUCCUACCAGAAAGCCAGGCAAAGCAUGGCUCAGGCCGAGGAGGAAACCCGCAGCCGUGGAGCCAUCGUCAUCAAGCCCGGCGGGAGAUACGUGGGGAAGCGUGUACAGAUCCGGAAGCCGAUAACGGUUGUGUCGGAUGUGGCUCCGUCUCGACGGACCUCACGGCCGGUCAUCAUCUCCAGCAGUCAGAAGAAGAGCCCGCCGCGGCCCCUGAGGGAACGGCUGGUGCAUUUACUGGCCCUAAAACCCUACCGCAAACCUGAACUCCUGGUGCGGCUCACCAAGGACGGCCUGUCUCCUCAGGACAAGGAGACGCUGGACAGCCUCCUGCAACAGGUGGCUAACCUGAAUAGUAAGGACAGCACCUUCACAUUGAAGGAUUGUUUGUUUAAGGAAGUCCAGAAGGACUGGCCUGGUUAUACCGAGGUGGACCAGCAGAUCCUGAAGAGAAUUCUUGUACGAAAGCUGUGUAAGCCUCAGAGCAGUGGCCCUGUGUCUGGGGAGAGUCCGGUCAGCCCACACAAAGAGCCGGCCAGCAGCUCGCCCUCUCAGAAACGACCUGCAGAGUUCAUCGAUCCCCUGGCCAAUAAGAAACCCAGAAUAUCGCACCUAGCCAGCAAGUCUACAGGGCUCAUUAACGGCAAACUGAGCUCGUCCAAUGUGAAUGACUCCUCUAGCUCUCAAUCAGCCGAGACGUCGUCGAGCUCCAGCUUCCCUCCGUUGGAGAUCUCCCGACCCUUUGACCCCCUUUCGGACGUCAGCAAUGACUCCAACGGCCGAGACUGUGAUAGUCAGGAGGCGGCGGUGGCGGAGAGACUGAGUCAGCCCCCAUCGUUCGCCCCUCGCUCCACAACGCAAGAGGAAGUGCUGAGCUCCAUGUCCCCGGCCCACAGUAGUCUGGACGUCUCUCAGACCCAGAGCGCUCAACCCUCCCUGCAUGGCAAGUCUAAGAAGAAGUCCAAAAAACACAAGGACAAAGACAAGUCCAAGGAGAAGGAUAGGGGCCGAGAGCGGGACAUGAAGAAGGAGAGGAGAGUUGAUGAAGACCGUGGCUUGGACCAGAGGAAACCCUGUGACAUCACGACGAGCGAUAGGAGCCCAGGUCUGAACGGAACGUGCAACAGCUCCAGUAUCCCUGCGUCAUCGUCUGAGACGGCAGACUAUUUAUUAAAGUACACGGUGAUAAGCUCUCAAGAGCAACGUCAGAGUUACAAAAACGACUUCAACGCAGAGUACAGCGAGUACCGGGGCCUCCACUCACGGAUCGAGAGCAUCACCCGACAGUUCACUAUACUCGACACCCAGCUCAAACAACUCCAGCAAGGCACAGACAAGUAUAAGACAAUCCACAAUCAGAUACUUGAAGAGUAUCGCAAAAUCAAAAAGGCUAAUCCAAACUAUAGCCAAGAGAAGAACCGCUGUGAAUACCUACACAACAAACUGGCACACAUAAAAAAACUGAUAGCAGAAUAUGAUCAACAGCAACUGCAAAACUGCCACUAAUAACAAGAUUGGUUUUCUCAAUUUUUUUUUUCUCCUUAAUCUUUGUCUCGAAAUCUCUGGAUUUUUUUUUUUUUUUUUGGCUUGCUCUAAAAACAAGUUGUUCUAAUGUAAAAUGCCACGAAAAUUAUUUCCUUUUUUUUUUUUUAUGGGACUCGGGACAUGGGCAUACUCAGCCAUGCUUACCUGUGUAGCCUAAUGCAUUAUGGGAUUGGUUGCCAGCUUCCUUCCCUUAUCAAAGGUCUCUGAGUGUGAAAGGAAAAACUGUUCUUUGGAGAUCUCUUCCGAACAGGGAUAACCAACUCCCAUUCCCAGAAUCUCAUAGUUUAAGAAGUAAAAAUUGAUUUUUUUUUUUCUGUAUGUACUAAAAUGGAAGGUCCUAUAUUUUAUUUUUCUUUUAUAUUUAUUUUCGUCUUCCAUAGGGAUACAUAAGUCCUAUUAUGAGUGCUAAAACAUCUCAUCCCGUCCCUUUUGGUCUCUCUUUCUUGAAUCAGUCAGUAUUUUAUGCAAAAGCUGCCUUGGAUUUUUGAGAGAUCCCUAAUGCAGUACACCCCCCCACCCCCCCCCCCCCCCGUUUUCUUUUCUUAGAGUGCUGUAAUGUCUGAAAUAGCACUAUUUGGCUCCUUAUUUUGUGCAAUGUGCUAGACCACGUGCAAUGGACAUGAAUCGGAUGCCUAUGGGAAGGAGAUAACCAUCUGUUUAAAGGCUUUGACAGUAUCAGUAUUACCAUGGUAGAGCUCCAUAUGAAUGAACUCGCCAUUCUAAAGAUGAUGGAGCGCUUCGAUGUUGGCACAUUUUUACAAUAUUUUACGCUUUUAACUGAAAAACAUAUGACUUGAUCACAACCCAAUCAUGAAUCAGUUGUGGCAAAUCUUGUAAAAUUGUGCCUCGGGUAUCUGCAGUAAUCCAGUAUUGCUAGUUACAAGUGUGACUGUGUAACAUAUCACAUUUGCGGCCAAACUUUCUUGGUAUUCUUCCAGAAAAUAGCGAUUGUAUCCCUUUAACGCAGCCUUGAGGGCUGGUUGGUGAACACGACGCAAAAAUGGUAGAAACGCAACCUUGGCUAGCUGUCUGAACCCUUUAGCAAUUCAAUGCUUGCUUGAAUACUGAGUAUUUGUGGGGGGGUUGAAUACUUCUGACAGUGUUUUCGUUACGAGAUGACUGUUAAAUUCCAUUAAGGCAUCUCAUCGUGGAGGAUCCGUUACAAACCUCUGACGUGCUCCUCACGUUACCUGUGGACGCUCGACCACAAGUUGCUCAUCUGUCGGGUCCUGUUGAACCAUCAGUUGUACUUCUGAUAUCUGAACUAUUAUGUUUAAAUAUUAAAAUUCAGCACUUUGCUCAGCCUCUUGCUGUUACUCUUACCUGGGUUUUGUUGCAAGGAGACACUUGCCUUGUCUGUGUAUGCAUGCUUUCUGACUGUUGAAGACACAAGAAAGGGUUAAGGCCAGUGUUUGCAGCGGAUUUACACUGCUGUUUAAUAUUCAAGACAAAUAUUUAUAAAAUUUCCCCCUGAAUUUACCUGGUCCGCUUUGGUUCAGUGUUGCAAUUUUAGGAGCGGAAUUGCAAAAAUUUAAAUGGUUGAAUUUUGACUCUUACGAAUUAACUGAGAAUAAUUCUCCAUUACGAAUUUACCACAUAAAACUUUUUUUUUUUUUUUUUUUUUUCAGAACUGAUCAUGAUCUGCUUUUUGGUAUUUUGUGUUUCCUGCAGAAAUGGUCUGAAAAUGAUGCACAAGUUCAACGACAAAUACGAAUGACGUUUGUUUGGAUUUGAAACCGCUACGAUACUUUCAAAAAAUGAGACAACUGGGGGGGAAUGUGCCAAAUGACCUGUUGUAUAGGUUUGGAUCAGAUUAAAUAUGUUGCUGUUUCAGCAACAACAACAAAAAAUAAUAAUAAAAAUAAAGGGAGUGGGAGGAGCUUUGGGACGAAGGCUUGAUGUCAAUGCUAAAACCCAAAGCGUGCUUUUUGAAAUAUGGGACUGAAAUUUAUCUUGGUAUUUCAAUAAAAUUCUUGGAAAAACUU